CGUGUGAAAAUCACAUGAUACUAGCUUUCGUAAGCAUAACCCCAGGUAUGUGCAAUUCGAGGCUCAUGGCUGCCUGACCAAUCAGAAGCUAUGUAUCGUGAGAGAAAGUUAGAAGCUCACCAACUCUCUACCUACGGAAACGACGAUCCUAGCAGGCUCGCGACCUUUUGUGAGAGAAACUCAUAUUUUCUUGCGUCUGUUAUGACAGAUCUCCCAUCAGAUCUCACUUCCUCUGCCUUGGUUGGCGUCUCUGCUAGGCUUUUUCAGGACUCGCCUCCGUCAAUCAAAGACCUCAAUGGCCGGAUCCGAGUCGUGCUUACCCCGCCAAUGACAUCCGGUCUUAUUGACAAGACUACCCCUUGCUUUUUGGGUCAUACGAGCCUGAGUCGCUCACAAAGACAAGCGACAAGUAACAGCCAGCUUCUUGAGAAAGAUGCAUAGUGUCUCACUCAAACUUUUUAGGUUUCACAGAAGUCAGUGGCAGAGUGGUUAGCCGGCUCGGUCAUGAGUGGCAAAAAAGGAGUUUUGUGCACAGCGUCCAACUUAUUCACGCUCCCUUCAUAAUCCCUUAUGCUUGCCCUUGCCUCUGAUAAUAUGUCUGGACUAAACUUAAAUUUUAUGAUAGUCGGUUUUCGUCUAUUCUGUCGUCCCCUUGAUG